UUGUCUCUGUUGUGUUGAAGUCCAAUCAAGCAGGAGAGACCAGCCUCCCCUGUACCCAGCUGUGUGUCCAUGAAGAGUGACCGGUCUAUGGGUGAACCUAUAUUCUUUAGAGAGGGAGACUUUUCUACUGAACAAAGAAACCAACAGGAGAGAUCAGAGUCAGAGAUUCUCAGUGGUCAGUCUUCCCAGAGUCAUCAAACAGACCUGGCCUCCAUAUUCAGUAUGCUUGAAGAGAAAAUUAUGACAUUUGUGAAGAACGAGCUGAAGAUGUUCAAGAGGAUUCUUAGUCCAGAACUCCCAGAAGGCUUUGAGAGUCAGAAGCAGGAUAAGGAAGUGGUGGAUGCUGAAGAUGAGAAGCAGGAGAGCAGUGCCAGAGAGGGGGCUCUGAAGAUCACACUGCACGUCCUGAGGAAAAUGAACCAGAUGGAGCUUGCUGACACACUGGAGAAAUAUGAGCUCGCUGUGAUUUGCCAACGUGAACUCAAAUCUAAUCUAAAGAAGAAGUUUCAAUGUGUAUUUGAGGGGAUCGAACAAGGAAACCCAACACUUCUCAAUAAGAUCUACACAGAGCUCUACAUCACAGAGGGUGGAACAGGAGAGGUCAAUAAUGAACAUGAGCUGAGACAGAUUGAGACAACAACCAGGAAACAAGCAAGACCAGAGACUCCAAUCAAAUGUAACGACAUCUUCAAACCCUUAACUGGACAAGACAAACGUAUCAGAACUGUGCUGACAAAGGGAGUCGCUGGCAUUGGAAAAACAGUCUCUGUGCAGAAGUUCAUUCUGGACUGGGCUGAAGGAAAAGCAAAUCAGGAUGUCCAAUUUGUAUUUUCAUUUCCUUUUCGGGAGCUGAAUUUGAUGAAAUUGGAAAACACUUUCAUUGAACUUCUCAAUCACUUCUCAAUGGAAACCAAACAAUCAGGAAUCUCCAACUACAACAAGUACAAAGUUCUGUUCAUCUUUGAUGGUCUGGAUGAGUGCCGACUGCCCCUAGACUUCCAGAAGAACAAGAUCUGUUGGGACGUCUCAGAGUCAACCUCAGUCGAUGUUCUGCUGACAAAUCUCAUAAGGGGAAAUCUGCUUCCCUCUGCUCUCCUCUGGAUAACUACCCGACCUGCAGCAGCCAAUAAGAUCCCUUCAUGGUGUGUUGACCAGGUGACAGAGGUACGAGGGUUCAAUGACCCACAGAAGGAGGAGUACUUCAGGAAGAGAUUCAGUGAUGAGGACCUGGCCAGCAGAAUCAUCUCACACAUAAAGACAUCAAGGAGCCUCCACAUCAUGUGCCACAUUCCAGUCUUCUGUUGGAUUUCUGCAACAGUCCUUGAACACAUGCUGAAACAUAAGAGAGAAGAGAUGCCCAAGACUCUGACUGAGAUGUACGCACACCUUGUGGUGUUUCAUACCAAACAGAAGAAUGACAAGUAUAUUGGGAAAGAAGAGACAGGUCCACACUGGAAUAAAGAGAGCAUUCUGUCACUGGGAAAACUGGCUUUUCAACAGCUUGUGAAGGGCAAUCUGAUUUUCUAUGAAGAAGACCUGAUAGAGGCUGGCAUUGAUGUCAAUGAAGCCUCAGUGUACUCAGGAUUGUGCACACAGCUCUUUAAAGAGGAAUGUGUGCUGUACCAGGACAAGGUGUACUGCUUUGUUCAUCUGAGCAUUCAGGAGUUUCUGGCUGCUGUAUAUGUGUUCCUCUCAUUCAUCAACAACAAUGAGAAUCUAAUGGAUGAACUGCAAAUAAACGACAAGCCUGAAGUUACUGUCUUCAAGAGUGCUGUGGAUAAAGCCUUACAAAGUGAGACGGGAAACCUGGACCUUUUCCUCCGCUUCCUUCUGGGCCUCUCACUGGAGUCCAAUCAGAAGCACUUACGAGGUUUACUGACAAAGACAAGAAGCAGCUCACAGACCCACGAAGAAACAGUCGAGUACAUCAAGGAGAAGAUCGGGGAGGAUCUCUCUCCAGAGAGGUGCAUUAAUCUGUUCCACUGUCUGAAUGAACUGAAUGACCAUUCUCUAGUGGAGGAGAUCCAAAGAUACCUGAGCUCAGGAAGUGUCUCUAGACCCAACCUGUCACGUGCACAGUGGUCAGCUCUGGUCUUUGUGUUGCUGACCUCAGAAAAGGAGCUGGAUGUGUUUGACCUGAAGAAAUACUCCAGAUCAGAGGAAGGUCUUCUGAGGCUGCUGCCAGUGGUCAAAGCCUCCAGAGCUGCUCUGCUGUCAGGCUGUGGAGUCACAGAGGAAGGCUGUGCUUCUCUGGUCUCAGCUCUGAGGUCAAACCCCUCACACCUGAGAGAGCUGGAUCUGAGUAACAAUGACCUGAAGGAUUCAGGAGUGAAGCUGCUCUCUGCUGGACUGGGGAAUCCCCACUGUAAACUGGAGACUCUGAGGCUGUCAGGCUGUGGAGUCACAGUGGAAGGCUGUGCUUCUCUGGUCUCAGCUCUGGAGUCAAACCCCUCACACCUGAGAGAGCUGGAUCUGAGUAACAAUGACCUGAAGGAUUCAGGAGUUGAGCUGCUCUCUGAUGGACUGGGGAAUCCCCACUGUAAACUGGAGACUCUGAGGCUAUCAGGCUGUCUAGUCACAGAGGAAGGCUGUGCUUCUCUGGUCUCAGCUCUGAGGUCAAACCCCUCACACCUGAGAGAGCUGGACCUGAGUAACAAUAACCUGAAGGAUUCAGGAGUGAAGCUGCUCUCUGCUGGACUGGGGAAUCCCCACUGUAAACUGGAGACUCUGAGGCUGUCAGGCUGUCUAGUCACAGAGAAAGGCUGUGCUUCUCUGGUCUCAGCUCUGGAGUCAAACCCCUCACACCUGAGAGAGCUGGAUCUGAGUAACAAUGACCUGAAGGAUUCAGGAGUUGAGCUGCUCUCUGAUGGACUGGGGAAUCCCCACUGUAAACUGGAGACUCUGAGUCUGUGUUUCAGACUCACUGGCUGUAAAAUCAGAAACACAUCCUGUAAAGUGUUGGCCUCAGUUCUCAGUUCAAACCCCUCACACCUGAGAGAGCUGGAUCUGAGUAACAAUGACCUGAAGGAUUCAGGAGUGAAGCUGCUCUCUGCUGGACUGGGGAAUCCCCACUGUAAACUGGAGACUCUGAGACUCACUGUCUAUAAACUCACAGACACAUCCUGUGAAGUGUUGGCCUCAGUUCUCAUUUCAAACCCCUCACACCUGAGAGAGCUGGAUCUGAGUAACAAUGACCUGAAGGAUUCAGGAGUGAAGCUGCUCUCUGAUGGACUGGGGAAUCCCCACUGUAAACUGGAGACUCUGAGGCUGUCACGCUGUCUAGUCACAGAGGAAGGCUGUGCUUCUCUGGCCUCAGCUCUGAGGUCAAACCCCUCACACCUGAGAGAGCUGGACCUGAGCUACAAUCACCCAGGAGACUCAGGAGUCAGACUGCUCUCUGCUGGACUGGAGGAUCCACACUGCAGACUGGAGAAACUCAAUGUGGAACAUGGUGGAGAGUACACAAUGAAACCUGGGCUUACAAAAUAUGUCUGUGAUCUCACACUGGACCCAAACACAGGAAACAGACUCCUCUCUCUGUCUGAGGAGAACAGAAAGGUGACAUGUAGGACAGAGGAGCAGCCAUAUCCUGAUCACCCAGAGAGAUUUGAGGACUGUAGGCAGGUGCUGUGUAGAGAGGGUCUGACUGGGCGCUGUUACUGGGAGGUAGAUUGGAAUGGGAGAAGGGCUGAUAUAGGAGUGACAUAUAAAGGAAUCAACAGGAGAGGAAGGGUUGAGGACUGUAGUCUUGGAUACAAUGACAAGUCCUGGAGUCUGGACUGCUCUGACUACAGUUAUAUUGCCUGUCACAAUAAUAAUGACACUACCAUAGAUGUCCCCUCCUCCAGCUUCCACAGUGUGUAUCUGGACUGGCCAGCCGGCACUCUGUCCUUGUACAGAGUCUCCUCUGACACACUGACCCACCUCCACACAUUCACCUCCACGUUCACUGAGCCACUCUAUCCAGGGUUUAGGGUUCAUGAUGAUACCUCAGUGUCCCUGUGUCAGGUGGUCCCUGUGUCAAACACAUGAUGUUUCACUCUAAUCAUGGUCAUGUUCAGUAAGACACCCUGGAGCAACAAUGUAGAAUAUCUUUCUAGUGUGUAAACAUAUGAUUGUAUAUAUUCAUGAAUAAACACCAUUGAAGUUGAAAGACAUUGUCAACUAGAGUCAUUCAUUAAUAUAAUGAAUCACCACACUGAGUUGUUAAAACAGGUUUCAUUUACAAAUCACUGAUCUUGUUGUUUUUUUCUCCCCA